AUGAAGAAGGGGGAGCAGAGCAUACCGGGGAAAAAAGCCCAAGGGGGAAAAGACGAAAAUGAUUUGCAGAGGUAUAUGGACGAACUGUGGGGGUUCGCCCCCAAUUCCGGCAAUGAAAAGGAGGAUAUCGGAGGGGAGCAGAUUGGAACACGUGAUAAGGGGGUGGUGAAUCCUUCGGAGGAAUCGGAAGGUGAGGCGAAUCAUGAAUGGGGAGGAAAAAGGGUGAGACACUUCCACCCUCGAAUGCUGCCUCAUCAGAUGAAUCAUCAGGACGCUUGUGUUGGUAGGGGUGCCAAUCCCAUCUGUGAAAGUCCCAAUGGUGGAACCUCCAGUGGAAAUUAUAGCGAUGGGGAAGGCACCCAAACGACGGGGAACGAAAACGUAGGGAAGAAAGGAAAAGCGAAAAAGAGAAGAAAUCACCCAAAUGGAGACCUAACUACCCAAAAUGAGAAGGACAACUUUUACCCCAGGAAUGAUAAACAGAAGAAAGAAGAGGAGGAUAGACAGAAAGCUUCAAAGGGGACAAAUCAUAGAGAGGACGAAGAAGAGGCUCCCAAACGGAGAAACCCCCUUGCGAAAGAGACAGAGGCAAAUGCAGUGAACAACGGGAAGCUCAAUGGAUGGGAAAAUCCAUCAUAUGAGGCAGCAAAAGAAAAAACCAAGAAGCACACCCCUGAUCGUGACACCAGACAAAAUAGAAAAAAUAUUUUUAAAGAAAAAAUGGAAGCCAAAAAAGAUUUCAUGAAUGUGGUUCACGAAAUUAGAAAGUUGACUCUACCCCACUUGGAUAAAUUUCAAAAAAAAAUUGUGGAAAAUCAUCAAGUAAAAAUGCUAGGAGGUAAAUUCGAUAAGAGCCCCAAGGUUCAUUAUCCAGAGCUCAUGUUUCGAAAGAAGUCCAUGAAGAGGUACAUUCAGCAGAGAAGAGAGCGAGAGAGAAUUAUGGGCGUGAAGACGCAGACGGGGAAUUACAUCGAUAUGCAGGACGUAAAUCGAAGGAAAAAAAGGAUGAAGAAGGAGAAGACUUCGUCCAAGUUGUUUUAA